UCGGGUGCAGCCAGGAGUGUAUUGAGGGCUGAGGACCUGCCUGCUAAUUCUUUCCUUUCCAAUAUUGAUGUUUCCUGUGUGGGUGUAGAUGGGGUACCCCGCUCCAGUCCACUUACUGAGCCACUCCAAGUGGGGACAUUUCCCUAUUUGCUUGCCAGAUUUGUGGUGUCCUCUUCAUGUCCUAUGAAUUUGCUCGGAGCUGAUGUGCUGUCCAGACUACAGGCCUCAAUCAUUUUCACGCCUGAAGGAGGAGUGCAGCUACACACUCCCUUAUCCUUAGAAGACUCAUCUGCUUUGUGUUCUCUGCCUGUCAUGAUGAGACUUCAUGAAGCAAUACCUCCAAGUACAAUACCACAAGAAGUACUUGACAGAAUCCCUGCCUGCCUAUGGUCCACGGGACCGGAAGACAUUGGUCAUUUGAAAGUGCCACCAGUUCUAGUCAAGCUCAAGGAGGGAGCAUAAUUGCCCCGGAAACCACAAUACCCCUUGAAGCCAGCUCAAUCCGUAGCCAUUUCAAAACAGGUCGAGACUCUUGUGUCCAAUGGAGCUCUGAUACCCUGUACUUCUGAAUGCAAUACACCCUUGUUCCCAGUGAAGAAACGGACCCCAAGAGGAGAACCAGAGAAAUACAGAAUGGUCCAAGACCUCCGAGCAGUUAAUGAAGCCACAGUGUUGGACACCCCGAUUGUGCCAAAUCCACAUACCUUAUUAUCAGGUAUACCUCCAACGGCAGAAUACUUCACUGUAGUGGACCUGGCAAAUGCAUUCUACAGUGUUCCCCUGCAUUCCUCCUGCAGGUACCUCUUCGCUUUCACACAUGAAAAAAAGCAGUACACCUGGGCUGUUAUGCCACAAGGGGGACAAAACUCUCCAAGCCAGUUUGCCAAAGCCAUAACUUCAAUACUUGAUACAUGGCAAAAAGAACACCCUGCAGUGACUCUUCUCAUAUAUGUGGACGACCUUCUCCUCUGCACAGAUGACCAACCCACUGCAGAAGAAAAUUCAGAAAGUCUACUAUGCUACCUUGCGGACCAAGGCUGUAAGGCCUCUAAAGCCAAAAUACAGUGGUGUUCCAAGACAGUCACCUUUUUGGGCCACUGCAUUUCCAAGGGCACAAGACAUAUCACCUCAGACCGAGUGGCUGCUAUCAAGGACAUUCCCCAACCACAGGCCACUAAACAACUGCAUGCUUUUCUUGGGCUCAUAUCUUACUGCAGGGCGUGGAUCCCUGAUGCAUCGAUCCUCAUGCAACCACUCUACGAUGCUCUCAAGUCUGUGCCGUUUACCCUGUCAAGCGAAGCCCUGGACAAUUUCUUUCUGCUGAAGCAAGCAAUAUCUACAGCUCCUGCUUUGGGCCUCCCAGAUUAUGGAAUACCCUUCAAGCUGUUUGUGUCGGAAAGAAAAGGCCAUGCAACAGGAGUCCUAGCUCAACCACAUGGAGGCUGGACUAGACCCAUUGGGUACUAUUCAUGCCGCUUAGACCCCGUGGCUAGGGGUGGCCCUUCCUGCCUAAGAGCAGUCUUUGCUGCCCAAGCACUACUGGACAAAACUUCAGACCUCGUUUUAGCACACCCCCUGCUUCUUCUGGCACCGCAUGACAUUGCUGCCAUCUUAAAUCAGGUGCAACCCCGACACCUGUCCACCGCCAGACAUCUUCGGUUGCAAAUCUCCCUCCUCCUUCCAGACAAUGUGACCCUCCAGAGAUGUCUCACUCUCAACCCGGCCACCCUUCUGCCAUUUUUCGAGGGGGGACAAGAUGGAGAAGAUGAAGAAGGAAUCGGAGAAGAUGAAGAAAAGGACCCCUGUACUGUUCCACAUGACUGCCUUGAAAUGAUGCGCAUGGAAACCACACAUUUACCCACAGUGAGUGAAACUCCUCUGGAAAACCCUGACUACAUACUUUUUGUGGAUGGCUCCAGAUAUGCGGAUGAAGGAGGAAAGUACCACACAGGUUAUGCUGUGACCUCAGAAUUUGAAAUUCUACAAUCAGGAGCAUUACCUCCAACUGUAUCUGCUCAGGAAGUGGAGCUCCAUGCCCUCACUACAGCGUGUAGGAUAGCAGAAGGUAAAAGAGCCAACAUUUACACAGACUCAAGGUAUGCCCUGGGAGUGGCCCAUGACUUCGGUAUCAUCUGGAGGGCUAGAGGAUUUCUGACAGCGGCCGGAACACUGGUGAAACACGGCCCAGCCAUCAAGGAGUUAAUGGAUGCACUACUCCUGCCUGACCAAGUGGCUGUCUUGAAGGUUAAAGCACAUGGAAAACUGAAUUCUCAAGAAGCCAGAGGGAACCACCUAGCGGAUAUAGCUGCCAAACAAGGAGCGAAAGACCAACGAAAAAUGGCUGAAGUGGCCAAAGAGGAGAGUGAAUCUUUAGCGCAGAUGCCUCUGGCAGUCCAUGUGCCAUCUGACAGGCUAUACCUGGCCUCUAUGCAAAGGGCAGCUUACACAGACGAACAUUUGGAAUGGAUCGAUAAAGGAGCAGAAUAUGAGGGAGAUCUAUAUCUGAUGAGAGGGAAAACCUGUUUACCAAAAUAUAUGUAUCCAGCAGUCGUCCAAUGGGCACAUGGACCUGCACAUCUCUCCAAGAACUUAAUGAAUUCACUAAUCAGCAAGUAUUACUGGGCCCCAGGGAUAACCACCCUAACCAGAAAUUACUGCACCUCAUGUGCAGUAUGUGCAAAAUGCAACCCGGGGAGGACAGAGAAGACACCGCAGAAGCAUUUGGCAAAACCGCUCUAUGCGUUCCAGAGGAUACAGAUUGAUCACAUACAGAUGCCAAAAAGUGGCCGAUAUGAAUAUGCCCUAGUGAUGGUGGACAUGUUCUCUGGUUGGCCAGAAGCCUACGCUGUAACAAACAUGACAGCCAAGACCACGGCUAAGAAACUACUGAGUGAGCUAGUAUGUAGAUUUGGGGUUCCAGAGGUGAUAGAGAGCGAUCAGGGCCCAGCCUUCACAGCAACCCUUACAAAAGAGAUUUGGGCAGCACUGGGAGUUCAGUUAGCUCUACACACCCCAUACCACCCUCAAAGUAGCGGGAAGGUAGAAAGGAUGAAUGGGACUCUAAAGAACAGGAUGUUAAAAAUGGCCCAAGAGACUAACAUGAGUUGGCCAGACAGUUUGCCUAUUGCCCUGUUCAGUGUCAGACACACCCCCCGGGGAAAACAUGCUCUGUCCCCUUAUGAAAUUCUGUUUGGUUCAGCCCCCAGACUUGGCUGUUAUUUCCCACAGCAGUUGCAGUUACAAUCUGAUGUGUUAACUAGCUAUGUCACACGUUUGUCUGAAGAAUUAACCAAUAUCCACUCUCAAGUAUUUUCCUCCAUUCCAGACCCAGAGACAGACUCGGGAACUCACAGUCUUCAGACAGGAGAUUGGGUGCUAGUAAAGAAGUUUGUGAGAAAGCACUCCCUUGAGCCAAGAUAUGAUGGCCCGUUCCAAGUCUUGCUGACCACAGCCACCUCAGUCAAGCUAGAAGGGAAAAGCACCUGGAUCCACGCCUCCCAUUGUAAGAAAGUCCCAGCCCCUGAGGACAAGACCCUGCCUACAUCAUGAUAUAUAUGCUUUUUCUGUUGGGAUUGGUGGGGGCUCAGCAGGUAGCCAUCACACAAAAUGACAAGUUAUUGACCACAUUUUGGUACAACUCAUCCAACACACAUGUGGCCACUUUCACCUUUGAUUACUGUAGCAUAGUCUCCUGUCCUCCAGUUCCCUGGCAAUGUAACUUAUACCGUGACACACCCAGGUCCCGCUCCACAUAUAUAUGUGUCACAGACAAGUAUUGGGGACAAAACUGUGACUAUUGGGGGUCAGUGGGGUGGAACACGGGAACGGAUUGGGGGUACCGACCACAGAGUGCUCUGGACAGGAGAGAUAAGAAUGGAAAAUCUUUGAUCAGCAGAAUGACCCUACUAAAAACAGGCACAUGCCUGAACAGUGGGAAAACAGGACAUAGCAUGAAAUUCGCCCUGACCGUAGAAAACCCUGGUCCCGAUGAUGCUGGCACAAGAUAAUGGAGAAAGUUG